AUGGUCGACAGCUCCGAUGACCCCAAGGCGGGCACGUCCAAAAAAGCCCUUGCUGUAUUCCGAGCUGCUAGGCCCGAGGAAUUCGAUGUAAUGAAUCACAACUGGUUUCACGGCGUAACCGAAAGUCUAGCACCUGUGAAAAUCGGGGAGAUUGGAGGUCCAACACCGCAGAUGGGCCGCCAUCAAGCUGCACGAGUGCAUUUUUACCGGUCUGUCAUUAACCUCGUGACCAUUUGGGGUGGACUAGUCCUCGUGGCCGAGGUCGCUGACUCGCCGACGACCGACGGGCUCAACAUCGCCGGCAUCAUGAUGUGGCUACCUCCGCAUGUGAGAGAAGGGGCAUUUGGGAUCUUUCAGGUCUGGAGGUCGGGUUUGCUAUCACUACUUGCGCUGUGGAAGUACGGGCCGCUGGGGUUCUACCGCAUCGAGGGAGUGUUUGAAGCGAAUGUGAAGGCCAUGUUCGCGAAGACACUCAAGGACAUCCGUCCCACGGGCUACACGUCGGAAGAAUGCGGUUUCGUGCAGAUGAUCGCCAUCAAUCCCGCGCAUGCCGGUAAGGGAUAUGCGUCGGCGCUGCUGAAGCAUCAGAUGGAUGAGCACUUUGCGCAGUUUCCCGACAAGCCGGUCAUUCUCGACACGACGACGAAGCAGGGUGUGCAUUCAUAUGAGAAAUUGGGAUUUGAGCUUCUGGCGCAGACGCCCGUGGACACAGGUACCGAUGAUGGAGGAAUUAAGCUUAAAGCCGAUGCAGACGAAUCGGUCAAGAAGCUUGCGAAGGAGACCUGUGUUCAGAGAGUCAUGAUCAAGGUUCCACCUGGUGCGCCAUCUGCUGAAGUGCUACCUGAUUUCGAACCUUGA